CUGGAGAAUGGACUGUAAAUUAUGAUAACCAAAAACCCUGGACACAUCCAGAUUCAGCACAUCCACUAAAUUCAGUCAGUUCAUCUUCCCAAUAUCUAAUGUGUAAGUAAUGGACCCAAACAGUGUAUAUGUCACAAAGUCAACAUAAAAGAUCAUAUUUAGUGAUUGACCUACAAGAAAGACAAAUUAGCAUUUAUGAAGAAGAAAAUCCUGCUGGUGAGUUACUCUCCGGACCUUUCUUUUUUCCUGCUUACAGAGCAAUUCUGUAACUUCUGUACUAUGAACUUCCAACAGGUGUUAUGUCAUUCCUAAAUGACACCAGCCUAACUCCAGUUUCAUUCAUCCUAAAUGGCAUCCCCGGGCUGGAAGAAGUACAUUUGUGGAUCUCCUUCCCCCUGUGUACCAUGUACAGCAUUGCAAUCACAGGAAACUUUGGUCUUAUAUACCUCAUUUACUCUGAAGAAGCCCUACACAGACCUAUGUACAUUUUCCUAGCCCUUCUAUCCUUCACAGAUGUGCUCAUGUGCACCAGCACUCUUCCCAACACCCUCUGCAUAUUGUGGUUCAACCUCAAGGAGAUUGAUUUCAAGGCCUGCCUGGCCCAGAUGUUCUUUGUGCACACUUUCACAGGAAUGGAGUCUGGGGUGCUCAUGCUCAUGGCCCUGGACCGCUAUGUGGCCAUCUGCUAUCCCCUGCGCUAUGCUACUAUCCUCACAAAUUCAGUCAUUUCCAAGGCUGGACUCCUCACUUUUCUUAGAGGUGUAAUACUUGUUAUCCCUUUCACUUUCCUCACCAAGCACCUGCCAUACUGCAGGGGCAAUGUCAUACCUCACACCUACUGUGACCACAUGUCUGUGGCCAAGAUAUCCUGUGGUAAUGUUAGGAUCAAUGCCAUAUAUGGUUUAAUGGUUGCCCUCCUGAUUGGGGGCUUUGACAUCCUGUGCAUCACAAUCUCCUACACUAUGAUCCUCCGGGCAGUUGUGAGUCUAUCAUCAGCAGAUGCCCGGCAGAAGGCCUUUAGCACAUGCACUGCUCACAUCUGUGCCAUUGUCAUCACCUAUGUCCCAGCCUUCUUCACCUUCUUUACUCACCGGUUUGGGGGACACACCAUUCCUCCACAUAUACACAUUAUUAUGGCUAAUCUCUACCUGCUCAUGCCUCCCACAAUGAACCCUAUUGUGUAUGGGGUGAAAACCAAGCAGAUACGAGAAAUUGUUAUUAGAUUCUUGUUUAAGGAAAAGGACAAUUCUCACAACAUUUAAGUAGAGUCUUCUUAGAAGUUAGAAUUCUCUUAUCCAGGUUGAGAUAACCAAGUCUGUAGGGAACUCUAC